AUGGCGGCGGCCGGCGCGCGCGCGGAGCUGGACUCCCUGCUCCUGCGGCUGCUCGCCGACCUGGAGGAGCUGGAGGCCAAGCGGGCGGCGCUCAACUCGCGGGUGGAGGAGGGCUGGCUGUCGCUCUCGCAGGCGCGCUACGCCAUGGGCGCCAAGGCCGUGGGGCCCCUGCAGUUCGCCGCCCGCAUGCAGCCCCGGGUCCGCGUGGCCGCCUGCGAGUCCCAGGAUCAGCUCCAGAAGUUCCGGGUGGUGAAGGCCGGCGCCCCGGCCCCGGAGGAGGUGGGGCCCCGCGAGGCCACUUUGCGCAGGCGUAAGGGUCCCCCCAAAACCCAGGAGCCCGAGUCGGCCCCAGUGCCUCAGGAUCCCUUGAACUGGUUUGGAAUCCUGGUUCCUCACAGUCUGCGGCAGGCCCAAGCCAGCUUCCAGGAGGGCCUGCAGCUGGCUGCAGAUAUAGCCAGCCUUCAGAUCCGCAUCAACUGGGGCCAAAGCCAGCUUCGUGGGCUCAAGCAGAAACUAAAGCAGCUCGAGUCUGAGGCUGCCUGACCUGUGAUCUCAGAGACAGGGCAGUGACACAGAUGUUCUUCCUGUGCUGCCUCAUCUCAGGCCUCUUUCUUCAGCUGCCCAGACCCCAGCCGAUACCCCCUUCUUAAAUUUUCUCUGGUUUGCGUGUUUCAAACUUGGUAGAUGUGAAAGCCUCAAGAGGCAAAAACUUAAUGAUGUUGAAAGUCCCUACUGUUAAUUACUAAAAGCAAAGUCUCAGUGCUAGUUCAAUAUGCUAGGUAGUUUAUGAGGUAAUCAAAAUGAGGCUUCAAAUGCUAGAGCAAUCUGACAGGUUUUAUUCUGUGCGAGCUGGUCCAUGAAACCUAAGUUUGAAUUUACUUUAUAUAAGUAGGAACACUGAGUUCAUACUCAUUGUAUUUAGAAUGUGAUUAUUUUUGUCAGGACGGGCUUCUAGUUCAGAUUGUCCUGACCUAGAGAUGCACUGAUGCUGCAGGAAGGCCUCGCCGCAUUUAACCUCUUCGUUUCAAAAUAACACCUUGAUUUUUUUCUAAGUGGGAGACUGGUAAACACUGGAUGGUUUCACUUACAUGUGGAAUCUACAGAAACUGAACAAAGGAUCGGACAAAGACAGAUCCUAAGACUGACCCUGGAAGCAGACUGUCGAUCUGACAUGCUCUGGAGAGGAGGGAGGUGGGGAGAACGGAGAGGAGUGGGGAGGAGAGUGCA